AUGCGCGGCCUUACAGGAUCUCUUGAAGAAGCUGGUCCCUUUUCAGUUCCUCCCAGUGAUGGGGGGGAGCUGUUAGCUUCGCCAGCAGCUGCAGAGCAGUGGGGGUGGCCCAUGGACCUGCCAGAGAGCCAGGCGGGCGGCCCCGCUGCCGAAAUGUACCUCUGGGACCAGCCAGAGGAGGGGAGCCUGGGGACGGGGACGCUGCUCAGCUUAGAGGAACAAAUACUCAACUCCACGUUUGAAGCUUGUGACCCCCAGAGGACAGGCACUGUGGCUGUGACCCAUGUACUAGCCUACCUGGAGGCUGUGACGGGACGGGGCCCCCAGGAUGCACGCCUCCAAACACUGGCCUGCAGCCUGGACCCCAAUGGGGAGGGCCCUCAGGCCACUGUGGACUUGGACACCUUCCUGGUCAUCAUGCGGGACUGGAUUGCUGCCUGUCAACUGGAUGGGGGAUUAGAGCUGGAAGAGGAGACCGCCUUUGACGGAGCCCUGACCUCCCAGCAACUGCCAUCUGGACGCUCAGAAGCUGAGGAUCCAGCCAACCUGGAGAGCUUCGGAGGCGAAGACCCCAGACCUGAGCUGCCCGCCACAGCCGACCUGCUGAGCAGCCUGGAGGACUUGGAGCUCAGCAACCGCCGGCUGGCCGGGGAGAACGCCAAACUGCAGCGCAGUGUGGAGACAGCCGAGGAGGGUUCCCUGCGCCUCGGGGAGGAGAUUUUGGCUUUGCGCAAGCAGCUCCGCAGUACCCAACAGGCUCUGCAGUUUGCCAAGGCCGUGGAUGAGGAACUGGAGGACCUGAAGACUCUGGCCAAGAGCCUGGAGGAACAGAAUCGCGGCCUUCUGGCCCAAGCCCGGCAGACGGAAAAGGAGCAGCAGCAGCUGGCGGCUGAGAUAGAGAGUCUGCAGGAGGAGAACGGGAAGCUGCUGGCUGAGCGGGAUGGAGUGAAGAGGAGGAGUGAGGAGCUGGCCACAGAGAAAGAUGCUUUGAAGGUGCCACCCCUCCCUAGCACCUUGACAACUUCCUACCACCCCGAGGCCAUUUUUACAAUCACCAGUUUCAGCCCCUGUGGUCUGGUGAGAUCAGGGACUUCAAUCAAGCCUUCAGGUUCCCAGGGGCAGUGGGCAACUCAGCUGAAACCCCCCUUGGUGUAGCUGAUGUCCA